UUGCUAAUCCCCAAAAGUAUUUUCCUGAGUGAGUCAGAGAGCACUGCACCAUGAAUGUCAUCUACUUGCUUGUGUUUCUCAGCCAAGGCAGUAAGACCUUGGCGGUACAGAUUUCCAAAGCUGCUGGUAAAUCCAAAAGUAUUAGUUUAGUGACUGAUCUGUGACCCGUACUUGCAGGGAAGGACCAAUUUCUAGACCCAGACCCAGUCUCCAGAUUGAAGUCAGUAGCUUGUCUGAAGAAGCUGCUCACUGUGACCAACACUACAACUGUGGCACUUCAUUUUUUUUCACUAAUCUUUUCUGAGGAAUGAAGACAGAGAUUGCGAUAAUAGCAUGGUGCUUUCUGCUGCUAUCAUCGUCACGCUGAUUGGCCUGAUCGUGUAUUUGCACUUUGUGAAAAUCGACCAGGAAUCACUGUUGGUCAUCGGCUCGCUCGGCAUUCAGGUGACUUCAUCCUAUGCUUCAGGGAAGGAGAGCACAACCUUCAUUGAGAUGAGUCAAGUGAAAGAUGUGGUUAUCAAUGAAGCCAUCCAUAUGCAAAAAGUUAUCUACUACCUGUGCAUCCUCCUCCAGGACCCUGGAGAUCCUCAGGGAGUAUCUGAAGUUGUGCCGCUCUUCCAGAGCUCCCAGCCACGUCUGGACUGCUUGAUAGAAGUGUACAAAAGUUGCCAAGAGAUCCUGGCGCAGAGGAAGACGGCUCCACAAUCAAGUGGUAUAGAAUAAUGAAAAAAAAAAAUCAGUGCGGCGAACUUGCAGCAGGACUUGGAGAAACUCAUGGAAAAGCAAGCAAAACUGCCCCAUGUCUUCUUGUAAUUAAUGAGGAGAAAGUGGUGCAGCAGUAGAGUGAGGUUAGGGCUAAAGGCCCGCGCAGACUCCGAGAAUUGUUACAGAAAAUGUCAGCUCAAGCUGACAAGUGAACCUCAAAAUCCUCUGCUGUGGAGGGUGUGGGGAGAACUUUUUAGAGUCAGCCAGAGAAGGUUUAUCCUUGCCUCUCCAGAAAAGAAUUAUGGGGAAAUUAUGAGCAAAAGGAGACAAGAACAUGCAUCAAACGUUUACUCCACAAAAAAAAGUGGAUCUGAAAAUUCUGAUAAACUCACAAUGUAACCUUGGCCGGACUGCCAAAAAUGUGCAUUUUUUUUGUUUCUAUUUAAGCCUUUGAUUGAAAAAACCAUGUACCACUCUAAAUACCAAAGCUGACGGGUGGACUGGGACAGUAACCCUAAUCCACAUAAGAAUCUCAGAAAGAACAUAAAAUUAAAAUAUACUGUUGCAUUCAAUUAUGUUUAAUGAAAUAAACAUAGGAGAGCAGACCUUGGCCUCUUCAAGGAUCUGCUCUCAUGGGAUGGGAUCCUAGAAGGAAGAGAGAGGGUCCAAGAAAGCUGGUUGAUACUCAAGGAUCACCUUCUCCAAGCUCAAGCACAGUCUAUCCCAGUGAGCAAGAAGUCAAGCAAAAAUACCAAUAAGCUGGCAUGGAUGCAUGGGUGAAUGGAUGAAUAACUUGCUCCUGGAAAAACUCAAACACCGGUGGUGGAAGCAGGGACAGGUAACCUGGGAGGAAUACAGCAACGUUGUCUGAGAUGGAGUCAGGAAAACCAAAGCCCACCUGGAGUUGAAUCAGUUGAGGGAUGUCAAAGGCAACAAGAAGGGCUUCUGUAAGCACAUAAGUUGCAAAAGGAAGGGAGAGAACAUGCAGACUCACUGCUGAAAAGGGCAGGGGCAUGGUGAUGCAGGACAGGGAGAAGAUACAGCGUUGAAAGGGCCACAUCAAUUGUUCUGAGAAUAUGAGGCAAACGUGUUGUUGAAAAUGAUGGUAAUGACUAUGUGAAUAAAGUUUUAUUGAUCUGUACUCCCAUGAGUAACUUAACAUUGGGAAUUUCUUCUUUGUUGAUGAGCUAAAAGUUACUGUAACCUUUAACUGGUAUUUUUCUCUCUUUUUUGCCAUGACUCCUUAGUAACAUAAUUAAGACAGUUGAAAUGUCAAAACAAGAGCUAAACCAGCAAGUUGUCAGGAGCCUAGAGGCCGUGCUUAAUUUGCAUACAAUGCUAUUCUAUGGUUGUCUACACCAUCUCGAAUUAAAACGUGGUAACAUACCAUCAUGCAA